ACAGGUUUCUAGUUGAUCUGACAGCAUAGAUGCAAACCUACAACUGUCAUACAGAAAGUGUCCAAAGCGGCUAAUUGAGGGAAAGAUGCGCUGGUUUGAGGGCUCCAUCCCGGCAGCCAUUGCCACCUCCAAGCAGCACGGCUCUAUUUUUGUCGUCGUCAUUGCAGGAGACGAUGAGCAGUCCAGGCAGAUGCUGUCCAGCUGGGAGGACGAGCAGGUAUCCGAGCUCACCAACAACUGCUUCGUCGCCAUUAAAGUGGACGCUAAAAGCGAGACGUGUGUCCAGUUUUCACAGAUCUAUCCCGUAGUGUGCAUUCCAUCCAGCUUCUUCAUAGGAGACAACGGAAUUCCCCUGGAGAUCAUCGCCGGUGGCGUCUCUGCAGAGGAGCUGACCAGCAGGAUAAGCAAAGUCAAGCAGACACACGCUCAGCAGCCAGCCGCUCCGCCUCAGCCAAACCCAGAGACAUCUACCCAGGCUGGAAGUCCCUCUGCUUCUUUAAACUCGGAUAUCGUAACAGGAAGCUCCUCCACCGCUGCUGCUGCGUCUAAAGAAUCUCUGUCCACGCCCAUGGAAGAAGCAGGGGCUUCCGGUCACGUGACUCCAGGGGACGAUAGAAGCCAGUCGUCAGAUGACACGUCACAGGCGUCUCAGGCAGAGGAGAACUUGGAUGCCAAGGUCGAGAGGUUAACAAAGAAACUGGAAGAAAGGCGAGAUCAGAAACGGAAGGGAGAAGAGGAGGAUGAGAUAAAGAAGGAGAAGGAGCGGCGAAAGGUGGGCAAGGAUAUGCUGGACUUCAAGCGGAAGCAGGAAGAGGAGAAAACGAAGCGCCUGCUGGAUGAGAGAAACCGAGAGAAGGCCGAGGAGAAGGCGGCCAGAGAGAGGGUCAAACAGCAGAUCGCCCAGGACCGUGCAGAGCGGGCAGCCCGCUACGCUAAAACCCAGGAGGAGGCAGACGCGGCCAGAGUAGCAGCACUACAAGCCAAACAGGCCGAGCAGGAGAUGAAGAAAGAGGCCGCGCAGAGAGAGAGAAGUGCGAUUGCCCGGAUACAGUUCCGCCUGCCUGACGGUUCCUCCCUGACCAAUCAGUUUCCCUCGGAGACGACGCUGCAGGAGGCCAGGCAGUUUGCAGCUCAGGAGGUGGGCAACAGGUUCGGGCACUUCUCUCUGGCCACAAUGUUCCCGAGGCGCGAGUUCACAGCUGAAGAUCUGGAGAAGACAUUGCUGGAACUCGAGCUCGCACCCAGCGCCUCCAUCGUCCUGCUGCCGCAGUCAGGAAGGCCCGCCAACACCGUCGUCCAGUCCUCUAGCACAGGUGGCAUCUGGGGUUUGCUGGGCACCGUCCUGUACCCUCUGCUGGCAGUGUGGAGGUUCCUGAGCGGCUUCAUCUUCAGCAGCCCUCCUCCCGGAGCCGCAGCAGCUCCCCGUAACCAGCCCCAGCGCCCUUCGAACUCCUCAAACGCCAACUCCGGAGAGCCAAAGAGAGAAACGAUCCGCAAGCGGGUCCUCGAGAAGCGACCAGAAGACUUUAAAAAAGACGGUAAAAUCUACCGGCUAAGGACCCAAGAGGACAGCGAAGACGACAACAACACUUGGAACGGCAACUCCACCCAGCAAAUGUAGUGCAAUAACACCACUUUAUCUCUCUCUCUCUCUCUCUCUCUUUUUUUUUUUCUUUUUGCCCAGUCGUCUCCUGUCUUCUCACUCUCUUGACUCGGUGCGACUUUGCGCGUGUCUUACGGCGGAUUAUAAACUGAUUUACGGCUUAUGAUUUUCAUUCUUUCCCUCCCUCCCGAUCCGACCUUCCACCUCUCUCUUGCAUGGGUAGAUAAAAACCGAGUUAAUCUCUCGUGUAAGCUUAAACAGACAUCCACUGUGUGCAGAUUUCUUGAUUUUUAUGUUUUUCUUUCCAUUUGCUUUCCAGCAGUAUUUUUUACAGUAACACUUUGCGUGCUAAACAGGCUGAAAAAUUAGGAGGCUUGGAAGCUUGAAUCCUGCUGCUUUUUUAAUGAAACUGUAACCUGUACGACACAAAAGGUUUCCAGCAAAACUGUGUGAUUUUGAUUUUGAGGAAAUAGGGUCUCGGCAACCAGUGUGUUUUAUACGGAAGCUUGGACCUCUUGGCAGCAGAAUGUUUCUACUAGUUGAAAGUUGAAGUCACUUUAACACUGUCAUUUAACAAAACAAUAAAGAUUUUUUUUUCGAUUAAAUCUUUGAUCCACUUUAAUGUUUUCCUUUUUCUUUCUUUCUUUUUUUUUUUUUUUUUUAAAGCAAACAAAUAUAAGGAACUACAAUUAAGUUCACAGAAUUCUCCCUGUACGUGAAAUUCAUUCUAUCAGCCAAGAUAUGUUGACGUAUUUAGUGUUCUGCUGAAAUUUCAAGAAAAGUACGUGAAGUUUAUAGCUACCAGUUUAAAUGAGAUGAUCAUACACACUCGCCUCACAUUGAACCAAGUUGUUCGGGAAUCUCAAUUCGACUUCCUUUAGGAGUUUUCGGGCAUCUAUACUAAUAGACAAAAGCAUGUUGCGUCAUCCUCGUAGACUCUUCAGAUUUCUCAAGUUUUAAAGUGGGGAAUUUAAGAAUUUGAAUCAAACAUAAGACAGGAUUCAGAUGAUGAUAAAAGUUUCAUUUCUACCGUAUUUGCUGCUUUGAUUUAAAUCUGCUGCAAGUAUUUGAAGCUCGCAGCGUUACGUUUGCAUUACUUUCAGAAUUAGCCUCAGUGUAAAAAUUCAUCUUGGCUGAUUUACUAUAUUUAUGGUAAAGGGAAAAUUGUGUCCUUUUUUUUUGCGCUCUGCUUUUAUGUUAAAAGAUUAACUAAACCUUUUUAGGUGGAUCAGAUAGAAUAAUUUUACACUGCAACACUUCCUGCUUAACCACCAAUUUUAAUCGCAAUCCUGCCUGAACUGGAUUCAAUCUUAAAUUAAGCAAUUUUGAAAUUUUAAUUAGCAAAAGCUGGAAAAAAAAACACACACACAUAAAAGGAUGAAAUAUAAGGUAAAUUGUGCCUAUGCAUAUAAUAGAAAUUUGCAUACCUGUGAGAAAAUUACAUUUAGGAAUGUGUGCUGCAUCAUUUGGCUUUUUAUUCAACACUUUAUGAUUUUAAUUUUUUUUUUUUGCAGUUGCAAUGUGCUACCAGUAGAUGGUACUCAUUGUAGAAGCAAAUUCUUUGCUAUAAACCUUUUGCCGUAUUUAUGCAUCAGCCUUAUUUUUAGGUUGUUUAUCAAAUUUUCCUGUGCAAGUGUAUCUCUACAAUAAACGAAAUAGUCUAG